CUCGUGUGUGAGAGGGAAGUGGCGCCCUCCGUGACCCACAAUGCUUUGCGUCUGACGUCAUUGCGGAGGGACCAUGAUGGCGGCGCUCGGUGCACCAGAAGUGAUCACACAGCUGGAAAACGCUGCCAAAGUUUUAAUGGCACCGCCGUCCAUGGUCAGCACGGAACAGCGGCAUCAUGCUGAGCACGUCUUUCUCUCUUUCCGCAAGUCCAAGUCCCCCUUUGCCAUUUGCAAACACAUCUUGGAGACCAGCAAGGUGGACUACGUGCUGUUCCAGGCGGCCACCGCCAUCAUGGAGGCGGUUGUGCGCGAGUGGAUCCUGCUGGAGAAGACCAGCAUCGAGUCCCUGCGGGCGUUCCUCCUCACCUACGUCUUGCAGAGACCCAACUUGCAAAAGUACGUGCGGGAGCAGAUGUUGCUGGCCGUGGCCGUCAUCGUCAAGCGGGGCUCCCUGGACAAGACCAUCAGCUGCAAGGGGGUCUUCCACGAGGUCGGACAGCUCAUCAGCAGCGGCAACCCGGCAGUGCAAACGUUGGCCUGCUCCAUCCUGACGGCGCUGCUCAGCGAGUUCUCCAGCUCCAGUAAGACCAGCAGCAUCGGACUCAGCAUGGAGUUCCACGGCAGCUGCAAGCGCCUCUUCCAGGAGGAGGGCCUUCGCCAGAUCUUCAUGCUGACCAUGGAGGUUCUGCAGGAGUUCGGCCGCCGAGAGAACCUCAGCGCUCAGAUGUCGUCCGUCUUCCAGCGCUACCUGGCUCUGGCCAAUCAGGUGCUCAGCUGGAACUUCCUGCCACCCAAUCUGGGGCGCCACUACAUCGCCAUGUUUGAGGCCGCACAGAACGUCAUGCUGAAGCCCACCGAGUCGUGGAGGGAAGCCCUGCUGGACACCAGAGUGAUGGACCUCUUCUUCACCGUCCACAGGAAGAUUCGGCAAGACUCGGACAUGGCCCAGGACUCCCUGCAAUGUCUAGCCCAGCUGGCCUCCAUGCACGGACCCAUCUUCCCAGACCAGAGUGCCCAGGUCUCCUACCUGGCCCACCUGGUGGAGGGCCUGCUCAGCAUGAUCAACGGGAUUGAGAUGGAGGACUCGGAAGCAGUCGGCAUCUCCAACAUCAUCUCCAACCUGAUCACCAUGUUCCCGAGGAGCAUCUUAAUGGCGCUGCCCAGCGACCUCUUCACCUCCUUCAUCAACUGCCUCACGCUGCUCACCUGCUCCUUUGGACGCAGCGCCGCCCUGGAGGAGGUGCUGGACAAGGACGACAUGGUCUACAUGGAGGCCUACGACAAGCUGCUGGAGUCCUGGCUCACCCUGGUGCAGGACGAGGAGCAUUUCCCUCGCGGCUGCUUCGUCCAGCCCGCCGUCCAGGUCUUCAAUGCCUACAUCCAGUGUCACCUGGCCGCGCCGGACGGCACCCGCAACCUGUCGGUGAAUGGAGCGGCGUCCCACGAGGAGGAGGAGAUCAACGAGCUGCAAGAAGACGACAGGGAGCUGUUCUCAGACCAGUUGUCUAGCAUUGGAACGCUGGGCCGCGUGGCUGCGGACCACUGUAUCCCCCUCCUCACCAGUCUUCUGGAGGACCGAGUCACGAGAUUACACGGCCAGCUCCAGAGGACCCAGCAGCACCUCAUGGCCUCGUCGGAUCUCGGCUCGGUGGACCGCCAAGUGCUGGACGACCUCUACGAGGACAUCCACUGGCUCAUACUGGUCUCAGGGUAUCUACUCGCCGAUGACCCUCAGGGCGAAACGCCGAUGAUCCCCUCUGAGGUGAUGGACUUCUCCAUCAAGCACUCCACCGACGUGGACAUCAACACCACGCUGCAGAUCCUCGGAUCCCCGGGGGAGAAGGCGUCGUCCAUUCCAGGCUUCAACCGCACGGACUCGGUCAUCAGGUUGCUGUCCGCCGUGUUGAGGACCUCCGAGGUGGAGUCCAGGGCCACCAGAGCCAGUCUGACGCAGCUGCUGAGUCCACAGAUGGGAAAAGACAUCGUUUGGUUCUUGAGACGGUGGGCCAAAACCUACCUGCUCAUGGAUGAGAAACUCUACCAGCAGAUCAGCAUCCCUUUCAGUACAGCGUUUGGCGCGGACACGGAGGGGGCCCAGUGGAUUGUGGGCUAUCUGCUGGAGAAGGUCAUCAACAACCUGUCGGUGUGGAGCUCUGAGACGGAGCUGGCCAACGACACGGUGGAGCUGCUGGUGACGCUGGUGGAGAGGAGGGAGAGGGCCAACGUGGUGGUGCAGUGUGAGAGCUGGUGGAACCUGGCCAAGCAGUUUGCCAGUCGCAGCCCGCCGCUCCACCUGCUGUCCAGCUCGGUGCAGAGGACCCUGAUGAAGGCGCUGGUUCUCGGGGGCUUUGCACAAAUGGACUCGGACACCAAGCAGCAGUACUGGGCUGAGGUGCUUCACCCUCUCCAGCGCCGCUUCCUCAACCUCAUCAACCAGGAGAACUUCGCCCAGAUCAGCCAGGAGGAGGCGGUCAAGCAGGAAAUCAUCGCCACCCUGGAGGCGCUGUGCGGCAUCGCCGAAGCCACACAGAUCGACAACGUGGCCUCGCUCUUCUCCUUCCUCAUGGACUUCCUGUCCAGCUGCAUCGGCCUGAUGGAGGUCUACAGCAACACGCCAGAGACCAUCAACCUCAUCAUCGAGGUAUUUGUGGAGGUGGCUCACAAGCAGAUCUGCUACCUGGGAGAGACCAAGUGCAUGAAGCUGUACGAAGCCUGCCUGACGCUGCUGCAGGUCUACUCCAAAAACAACCAGAGCCGGAAGCGGAGCGACGCGGCGGCCGAGGAGGACCAGUACCAGGACCUCCUGCUCAUCAUGGAGCUGCUCACCAACCUGCUGUCCAAAGAGUUCAUCGACUUCAGCGACACAGACGAGGUCUUCCGAAGCCAAGACCACGGAACGCCGGCCUCCAGUCGGCCGGUCUCGGCAGCAGAUGUCGUCCUCUACGGCGUGAAUAUUGUUCUUCCCCUCAUGUCUCAGGACCUUCUCAAGUUCCCGUCUCUGUGUAACCAGUACUACAAGCUCAUCACCUUCAUCUGCGAGAUCUUCCCUGAGAAGAUCCCACAGCUGCCCGAGGACCUCUUCAAGAGCCUCAUGUUCUCACUGGAGCUCGGAAUGACCUCGAUGGGCUCCGAGGUCAGCCAGCUGUGUCUGGAGGCUUUGUCGCCCCUGGCUGAACAGUGCGCCAAAAACCAGGAGAAGGACACGCCCCUUUUCAUGGCCACGCGACACUUCCUCAAGCUGGUCUUCGACAUGUUGGUCCUCCAAAAACACAACACGGAGAUGUCGGUGGCCGCGGGGGAGGCGCUUUACACUCUCGUGUGUCUGCACCAGGCCGAGUACUCCGAGCUGGUGGAGACGCUGCUGUCGUCCCAGAGGGACGCCGUCAUCUACCAGCGUCUGGUGGACGCCUUCAACAAGCUGAGCGCCAGCAGCACGCCGCCCGCCAUGGACCGCAAGCAGAAGCUGGCCUUCCUCAAGAGCCUGGAGGAGUUCGUGGCCAACGUGGGCGGCCUGCUCUGCGUCAAGUAACCGCCGCAAUGCCCUGCAUGCCUCCACGGACGGGGCGGGGGACACGCCGCCGAGGGGCGCCGGUCUCGCUUGGCGGCUCUCGCUCCUUUUGGGGCCGGAUGGACACGCACAGGAUGCGGUCGCCAUGGCAACCAUGGGAACCGAACUGCAGCGCAGACGGGUUCAGAGGUCACACUCAGUUAACACGCGCACACACGCACGUACAUACACACACACACACACACGUGUUCUAGGAAGGUGACAUUCUUGGAUGCAUUUGGACCAUGACACUUUGGGAAACCACGCCCACGCCCCCCCCCCCCAGUGCCUUUGUGUCGGCGUGCGCACGCCUUGCUUCCUAAGCACACGCCUUGCACAUAUUGGCUGUCGCCAUGGCAGCAAAGACAGACAUGGCUGCAGAAGACAAGCCAAGAGGUUGCUCUUGGAGGAACGGGGAACCCACAGACUGCUGUGAGACCCCCGGGGGGGGGCAGCACGUUGACCUUUGUGCUUGACUUUAGCUGACCAGAAGAACGUGUGUUUGACUUGAUGGACAGGUUGCAGUCCUAUUUUUCUACCGUAGCACCCCCUCCUCUCCCCUCCUCAGCUCAUGGACGGAGAAGGGCCCCCUUGUGGAGCGGGGCCCCCUUGUGGACCCCCUUGAAGUGUACAUAAAGAUAUGGGACCCGGGCUGCCUGCCUCUUUAUUUGCAUGCUGGCCUCAUCUCUCAAUGCAUUCUCCAUGUUCAUCUCAUUUCAUGGAUUCAUCUUUUUUGGAAAUGAUCUCAUGUUGCUCCUCCUGUGGGCGCCACACAUGGGGGGGGGCCACGAACGACCGCCAUUGGCUGAACUCAUCCUACACAGGAAAAGCGACGAGCAGCGGUGGCCAGUGCCCACAUCCACCUUCUGUGGGGUCUUUGUCUGGUGGUCAAGGGCGGGGGCCUGCCCCCCCCCCCAGUUUUCCAGUUUUGGAGAUUAAAAAAAAGUAUGGUCUGCUGUUUAAAAAGCAUCAGGCACUAAAAUGGCUGAACCACCAGAAUCCAGCGAUGUUCGAUACCGCUUAUCCUCACUAGGGUCGCGGGUGGGCUGGAGCCUAUCCCAGCUGUCUUGGGGCGAGAGUCCACCCUGGACUGGUCCCUACAGUCACCUUUCCACUCCUGUCACCAAUAUAGGAGACGUAAGCGUAACUAAGACAUAAAUCAGAUGCAGCCAUGACUCCUGGUCGUUGGUGUCUGUUGCUUCCCUUGGGAAGUGGCU